GAACAGGUCCACUCCAAGUACCACCUUUCACGCCCUCAAGUGGGGGGCAUGCAACGGGGAGGUCAACAUUUCGUUUUAUCGAAACGACUUCCUUGACACCACCACGAGGCGGAGCGCGUUUUGGGACGGGUUCUGUGACUCAAGAAACCCUAAACGGAACGCGCAGUGCGAUGUGUUCGCGGACGACGACACCCUUAAGGAGUACGACACGCUGAUUAUCAACAGCGGGGCACACCCUAGAUCCUUGGACGAGUACCGAGAGGCGAUGGAGACCGCAAGCAAAGAGAUAACGGCGUCCAUGAAACGUCUCCACGGAGAUGAUGCUCUUCUCAUCGUGAGAAACACCCCACCAGGGCACGGCGUAACAUGCACCGAAAGGACGUUUGACGGGCCCGUUGAUGUUGAUACCGCCAUCGACUUGGUCGCGAGCGGACCUCACCAGUACCAGUGGGGCCGCUUCCCGGAAUACAAUGCCAUUCUCGAAGAGGCCUUUCUGGGCAACGCUACGGAUGGAUGGAAGGAACUGGACGCCUAUACCCCGACCUUGCUUCGUCCCGACUUCCAUUUGGGGGGAGACGAGAACCCGGACUGCCUACACUACUGUAUUCCAGGGCCAAUAGAUCACUGGGUUCGACUACUGUACAGUAUGUUGUUGGCCAAAGGGCAUCAAUAGAAUAGGUUGGGGGCGCGACAAU